UUUUUGUUGUGUGCAGCAGUCUCUUUCAAUUGAAUUGUGCCCCUUCCUUAGAAGAUGGGAAUGAAUAAUGGAUCCUCAUGUUGGCACAAAUAUAGACAAACCACCUUCAUCAGCAUCUUCAUUCUCUUUGCAGCUUCUUCUACUUCCUUAUUCAUGGCUCAAGGAAGAGCAAUGUCCAAUGUAAUUGAAGUUUCCCAGAAUAAGGUAAGAGUGAUAGGGUCAAGGCCACCAAGGUGUGAAAGUAGAUGCAGCAAUUGUGGACAUUGUGAAGCAGUUCAAGUCCCCAUUGUACCUACCUUUCAUCAUCAUCAUGAAGCAGCCAUUGUUGCAUUCUCAUCAAGAGGGGAUGCACUUUCCAACUACAAACCCAUGAGUUGGAAGUGCAAAUGUGGGGACUACUUUUUCAACCCAUGAUUCUUCUUCCUUC